GCAGUAUAGUGUUGACAGGUUUCUGUUGCCAUGAUACCAUCGAUUAAUAGGUGGUCUUUGUUUGAUACAGUAAUUUGUUUCAUUCAAAGAUGCAUUCACGUAUAAUUUAAAAAAAGUUAUACUCUUGCAAAAUUUAACCUCAGUUACAAAAUGGAUUACGACUUAACACGUAUUGAUUACGCUCUUUGUGGUAUAACAUAUCCGGAUGCAUUAAAAAUAUUACCAGUGUCAGAACAGAAAUCACAACAAAAGUUCGUAAUUGGAGAUAAAAAUGGAAUAUUGCAAUGUAUGAGUAUAAAAGAUGAGGAACCAGUAAUUCAUUUUAAAACUUUGCCAGGAAAAUCCAUUACUUCAGUGCAACUUGCAUCUUCGUCAGGAAACAACGUUGAUAAAAUUUUCGCAGCUUCAGGAAACGAAGUGAAAGGUUACACCAGGAAAGGCAAAGUAUUUCUCAGCAUUGAAACUUCAGUUGCGGAAACCAUAACAUCCAUAAUUUGCAUCCUUAGGUGUGUGUUCGGUAGUGAUUUGGUGCUCUGUAGUGGCAGAACGGUUACAUUCUACAGAGAAUUGCAAGAGGUUUAUUGCUACUUGUGUGAUGACAGAGUUCUUGAUGCCGUCGCCUUUGCUACGCCAAAUAAUAAUAGAGUACGUCUUCUUGUACUUAUCGCUAACAAGGAAGCAGUAAUAAUUGAAAAUGGAAGUCUAUACAAACGCACUUACAUCGCAGCUGGACCGACUCGUAUCACAGUUCCAUCUUGUUUACAUUCAACAGAAGUCUGUGCAUUUUAUGGCGGUGCUGAUGGUUCUAUCGGAUUAAUAUUUUAUGAGGAUCCAGAUUUAUUAAACAAAUGCUUAGUAGAAGGAUGUGGUUUGGGAUCAGUUAUGUGCGUUGGAUGGUUUUACACCGGUGCAGGCACGCAUCUAGCUGUUGGGCGACACGAUGGCUCAAUACAAUUAUACCAAAUUAAUACCGACAAUUUAAAAGAAAAACCUCGACUGAAGUUUACUUACUUUUCAGGUGAACCAGUUACUUCCGUGUAUGGAGGUUGCAUUGGAACAGAUGAGCCAGAGUUGCUAGUUGCUACUUUUUCUGGAAGGAUAUUUGGUUUAAGACCACGCAGACUUGUUUCAGGAAAUGUUCCCAUAAGUAAUAUUAAAAACGGGGACGCUUUUGUUCUACGACGCUCGAAACUUGAGACCGAAAUUGCAAGAUUAGAAAAACAAACUGCAAGUGAACGAGAUAAAUAUCAACGUAACACUCGGUCCAUAUUUCCAGGAAUAUCAGCACCACCUCUGCUGGAUAUUCAAUUUGAGCUUUCAGGAGCCACAAGUAAUGGUUGGCAAGAAGUUAAAAUAAUAUGUGCGGUUUCUCUGGAUAUGUUGUUUAUAUACUGUCAAAACAAGCUUGAAAUUCAGACAGACAGUGCCGCCGUUCUCAGCUUAUGUUCAGCACAGGAUACGGAAGAUACAGAGCUCCUUGCAACAAUUCGAUGUCAAGCAGGAACUCGACGACUCUGGUUACGUAUGCGCACACUAUCACUGAGCGAAACAAAAUUGGAGGGUACCCGGGUUUUCAUUUACGUAUUGCCGGCAGGCGCUCCUAGAGUAGCGCGGAUAAUCAAAUUACAUCUACCAACUCUGCCGCACUAUUCUAAAUACGAGUCGUUAGAAGUUGAAAAUCAAAAUAGUUCUUGGUGUGAGGUACGUGUAUCAGGAGGCUUUUCGGUAGCCGAAAUGACAGCUUGGUUAGCAGAAGCUAUUCCGGGAGAAUUACCGCGACCAGCUAGUAAUGUUGCUUUGGCACGGUCUCACACAAUUCUUGGAACAUUGCUAAUUUGUAGAUAUCAGGAGUACCUGUGUCGGAUUGGUCGUGAGGCGACACCAAAAUGUCACCAUUGCGGAGGAGACCGGGACACCGCGCAGCAUACACUCGAAGAGUGCCCUGCCUGGGACCAGGAGCGCCAUCUACUGAUCAGCCACGUUGGAAGAGAUCUUUCUCCUGCAGCAGUGAUAGCAGCAAUGCUCGCGGAGGAUAGAGCGUGGAAGGCGGUAGUCUCCUUCUGCGAAACUGUACUAGUCAAGAAGGAGGCUGCUGAGCGAAAUCGAGAGCGAGCCAAUCCUGGUCGGAGAAGACAGCGCCCAAGAGCUGGUGCUAACCACGCUCGUUCACCUGCUCAAUAGUUCCAGACGAAGGGACAUCAGGGUCGAGAACGGUCUGACGGGGACUAGCAGUCACGUCAUCACCUCUACUUUCGACCCUGGGAAGACAAGAAGAGACAAGGUGUUGCCUUACCUCAAAGUGAAGUACGUACAGCAAAUCGGGAAUCAUAAAUUUUCCCGGGACGAGCUAUAAGCGUUCUGCAAGGGAGGCACCGGUGCGUUCCUAGGAGAUUCCGGAGCCUCCCAUUAUGUCUGAGUCUGGCAACCGAGGGGG